AGUCUGUCGGCAGAUACACAAAGAAGAAACAAGCCGCGGAAGAGAAAGGAGGAGGAAAAGUCUUUUUGAAACACGGAUAAAGUGUAUCCGUGUGUUUACUGCUGUAUGCCGUCGCCACGUCAGGACAUUUCCGUGAUGACAGAGGAACCUGCAGCAGAAAUCCAGCUGCUCAGACAACAGAAGGCAAAGCUCAUUGAAAUCCUGCGUGCGGAUGCUGACUUUGUAUUGCAGCAUGCAGACGCUCGCUGUCUGCUGUCUCCUCAGGGCUACCAGCAGGUGAAAUCCUGCCGCAUUCCCUCUGAGAAGGUGACAGAUCUUUUGGAUCAUGUCCUCCAGAGAGGUCCUGAAGCAGCACAGGGUUUUUUGGAGCUGUUGAAGGAGCAGCCAAUGCAGGAAACCUUCCCACUGCUUUCUUUUGUGAAGGAUCUGCAAAUCACCACACUGUCCACAGGGAAUAAAGAAGCAUUAACAAAGAGAAAAAGAACACCUGAAACACAAGACUCAAUUCCAGCUAAGAACAAGCGCAGUAAUGGUCCCGGCUUAGUGAAGGAGAAGCAGCUGAUGACCGUGGCUCGUGCAGUCGGCAGAUCCUGGAGAGAAAUCGGCAGAAUGGGUCUGGACAUCCCAUCGGUGAAGCUGGAGCAGAUUGAAGAAGACCACUCAACCCACACGGAGCGAGUGUUCGCCAUGCUGCGGUACUGGUGUACCUGUCAGAGGGACAAGGCCACCGCAGCGCACCUGCACUCCCUCCUCAGUCGGGAAGACUGGGCACUUCCUCCCGACAGCAUUGACUUCCUCUUGGAGUCUGACUGAGGCCUUCCUAUCCGUACGGUGUGAGGAGAGAAGCGGAACACUUAAGUUACAACUUGAUGUUGUGCUAAUUAGCACUUAACCAGAGACAUUUUAUACAACUGAAAGAACGGUCUAAAAUUCAUCCUGAUUUUUGUUUUUUGUUAAAUUUCUUUUACUCUCUGCUGUUAGUAUCCAUUGUAAAAGUUUUAUCCUCCUUUGAGUUUAGAAAAACCAAAUUACACUUGAAAAAACUUUUGAUUUUACUGUAAAUAUAUGAAGAUGUUUAAAAAGGUGUAAAAGAUGUGUUUCUUUUUAAUUAUGUCUUUGUUGUUGUUGUCAACAUAGUACCGCAUUAAUCACAACUGUAUCUGAUCCUUUACACUGAAAACUACCGAUCUUUCAAUUAGAUUCAAAGUUCAGUAUCAUUUUACUCAAAAAGAAUCACACACGAUCAGAUUGUUUUAUUUUGGAGUGAAAGAAUGUUUAAUUUCUGGCCUUGAUUCAACACAUAGGAAAUAUAAAAACAACAAAUACUGUUCACUUUAAGUGACUGAAAAAUAGGAAUAGAGAAGCCAGUGGUGUAUUUAUGCCUCUCCUAUAAAUAACCAAGAAUAUGUAGCACUAACAAUUGAAAAACCCAAGAGCAAAACAAGACCUAAAGAAUGUAACAUAACAAUAGCAGUUAAUGAUAUUCCCUUUCUCUCACCAGUCUGAGCUCUAACCAUUAAUUAUUCUGUAUUUUGCAGCUUUUUUGAAAGUUAACCUUGAGACGCAACAUAUUACUUAAUCACUGGGCGUUUAACUUCAUGAACAAAAACACAUCUUAAAAUGUAUAUUAUUUCUCCGUUUGCAUAACUCAAAAAUAAAAUCACUCAAAUAUUAUUGUACAAUUUUGAACCUCAUAUUUGCGGAAUUCUUCAAAAUAAAGUUUUCAACAUUGACCAGUGACAAACUGAAGCAGUAGUGGAAUGGCUGGAGUUGAAAUAUACAGGA